GUUGACACAAUCUGUAUGCUAUGUUUAGGUUUGUUGCUCAUUCAGUGGGUCAUUCUGAAAUUAGCUGAGAGCUGUUUGUUGUUCAAGUUGUUUCAUACUUUGAACGGAUUAUUCUACUGUGUUUUUUUUUAUUUUGGAUUAUUAGCGGUGUCAACUUGAACGUUUUAAGGUGUUAAAGGCGUGUCUUGUUUGUUUGUGAAUGUAACAGUUCGUAGUAUCAAGUGAAAUGUGUGUUACUUAUUAAAAUAUUUUGAUACAUAUACAUUAAGAACCAUUUGUAAUAUCAUCACGUUCUUAAUUUUAAUAUUGACGUAACAUUUUAACUUUUUUUUUAUAAUGUUUGACGAUGAUUGAUUCUAAAAGUCACAAAAUUAAAUCAGUCAAACUAAGGAAAAAUAAAAGUACCUUUAAUGGUGAUAUUUCUCCUAUAGUUAAUGGACAAAAGUUACCAAAUGGGAAAAUUGUACAUGAAAGAGAAAAAACUAACAAAUCAUGGAAUGUGAUGAGUUUUAGUGAAUAUGCAGACUAUAGGUCCAAUGAAGAGAAGUCGUUGAGUCAUUCAUUAUUUGGAAACUCUUUAUAUGACUUUGCUUGGGACCUCAUCGCUGAAAUCCACAACAGAAGACACUCUACCUCUUCAGGGAAUAUUGGGGCUACAAAAUUAAGUUCUCCCUUGGAAAAGGAAGGAGGCAGUUCUCCUGGAUUCAUAUUUAGGUUUUACAAAAAGUUUGGCAUUUAUUGGAAUGUUUUUCCGAAGACGGAUUACUGUUACCUUCCAGGGUCACCAGAUUACAAUAAAGAAAUCAGCCCUGGAAUACCUAAAGUGCCCAAUCUUUCACGUCAUCCUCUUUCAUCUUUUAUAAAUCGCAGUGUUGGUAUCAGGUCAAGGACAGUUAACAAAUAUGAUUCAACGGCAGAUCUUAAUCUUUCAGAUUCAUCACUCAUUUCUUCUACUAAAAUUAAUAAUAUUUCUCAGAGUUUCUUCUCUACAGAAAGUGGCGAGAAUGUGGAAACACGGCAGAACAUCAUUAAUAAUAUUUUAAGCAAGGAACAGAGAGAAAGAAGUAGUUGGACAACUAUAAGAAGUUUAACUCGCACUUGUGUGACCUUAAUCAACAGGACCAUAAUUAUGACAUUGUCUGCAAUGACUAAAGCUGUUACUUCUUCAUCACAAAUGAGCAAUUUUCGGAUACCCUUACUGCUCCUUAUUUUUCUUUUACCAUUUUUAUUAUUCUCAAUUCUUGGAUUUGGUAAUGAAAUCAAAACAACUGAAAGUAUAAGUGAAGAAAGCAUUCCAAUGAAAUUGAUAUCCUGGAUUAUUGGUAGCUUUACAUCUUUUUUAUGUCUAGUCAAAGAUUCAUUCCUAUUAAUUCCUACGAUUUUCCAACAGCUGGCAGCUUUUUUUUUAACAAUGUAUAAUACAGAAACUGCAGUCCUUAACGAAGCUGUCAGUAUUAAAUCUACUGAGAAGUUAUCUACUCCUCUUGUUCCUAUCGCUGCAAACUUUUCCCGAGAAUUAACUAAGGAAGAACUGAUAACAUUACAGUCUGGAAUAAUAGAAAGAAUAAAAAAAGAAUUAGCUGGUCAAGAAAAUCAUAUGUCUUUAAGAAUAGACAAACUACAGAAACAGAUGGAACAGCUGACAGAAGACAUUAAAAAAAUGAGUGGGUCAUUUGAGGCUGAUUGGAAAAACCGUUUCACCAAAUUGGAAGAUGAAAUAAAGCUGGAAUUAUCAGAUAUCAGAAAAUCUGUUGAUGAAUUUGGAGAAAGAGCAGUUGGAGGGUUUGUGGCUACUCCAGCUAAAAUGGUUGAAAAGGCUGUUGCUAAAUAUCAUGCAGAUAGAACAGGGAAACCAGACUAUGCUCUCCAAUCUUCUGGUGGUUAUAUUGUGCGAGUUAGGUGUACUCAGGUUUAUUCUAAAACUACUGCAAAAUUUUAUUUAUUUGGUUUGCCAUUACCAUGGGAUGUAUUUAAUGGUCCAGAUACUAUAAUAAAGCCCGGUGUUAUGCCAGGAGAGUGUUGGGCAUUUGAAGGAUCAUAUGCUCAAGUUACACUUCACUUAGCCACCAAAAUAAAGGUCACAGGGUUCUCUAUUGAACACUCUCCUCGUGAACUUUCUCUUCAUGGCCACAUACUGUCUGCUCCAAAACAGUUCUCUGUCUGGGCUUUAGAUGGCGAAGAAGAUGAAAACCCUGUACUGCUUGGAAGGUUCACUUUCUUAGAUAAUGGAGAAAGCCUUCAAGAAUUUGAAGCCAUGGAAUAUGACAAAACCAUCGACCUGGUUGAAUUGAAGGUUGAAAGCAAUCAUGGGCAUCCUGAGUAUACCUGCUUGUAUAGAUUCAGAGUAUAUGGCAUACCACCACCGAUUGAACGAAUUUCAAUGAACAGUUCAAUUAAUCAAAAUCAACAUUCUUCAAUACCUCAUUGAAGUAGUUGUAAACCCUGACUUUAAUUGAUAAUUAGAUUAAGUACUAGUAGAGGAAUGUAAUGUUUUGUUUUUAAACUGUGUUCAUUUUAUUUGAAGUUAAUUUGAAAAUACAUAAUUACAUAAAAAUUUAUACUAUUUUUUAGUGAUAGGGUUGACUAUAAAAUUGAUUUUUUUUUCAUGUAUAAAUAAACUCUAAAUUCACUUCAACAUAAAUUGUUUUGGUAUGACAGUUAAUAAUAGUUUUUUUUUUCUCUUUCUUUAAAGAGAAAUUUUGUAUCAUAUAAUUAGUUACCAUGUCCAAAGACUUUUAAAUUGUUUUAAUAUUCUUAUUUGAAUGUUAGUUUUGAUAUUUCAAAUUAUUACAUUAGUAUGCUUUAUGUACCAUUGUCAUGUAAAUAUGUCACUUAUUUAUUUUGUAUAUUUUGAGUAAAUUUCUUCCAGAUUUAUAUAUUUAUAUUUUUUCUUAUUGAUGUGAGUUAAGUAAAUACUACAUAAGUCUUAUGCUUUUCCAAGAAAUAGAUAAUAUAGUUUGAAUUUUGUAAAACGAAUAUACAAUAGAAAAUUGUUUAGGGUGGGGUGUUAUAAAUUAGUAUUUAUAGAGACCAAUAUUAUCAACAACCUAUUAUCAUUUAACUAAUUGACUGUCAAACACAAGUUAUUAUUUUUCUUAUGUUUUGAAUUUUCUCAAUGUUAGAUUGACAUACUGAUAAAUGUAUAAUAAUCAUAUGGGAUGGACAAUUCCUAAUGGUUCUUUGCUUAUGAAAAAUAUUUACGUAAUAUUUUAUUACAAGGUUAUAAAAACAAAAAGUCAUUGUAAGAGCGAAUUGUAAUUAUAUAUCUUAAUUCACUGUUAUAUGUAUAGUGAAGACUAAUGUAGGCAAUAUAUUGUGUUUCUUGACAGUUGUUUUUUGAUAGCACCAAAAAACCAAAACAGACCAAAUUUGGUCUCAAACGUUUUGUGGUAGGGGUACUGUCCAUAUAGGAAAACUAAGUUUGUGUAAAAUUAAACAAACACAUUUUAAAGGAGUAGUAUGUUUGUUUAAUUUGAUACAUUGGUAUAGAAACAACAUUUUUCCAUUUAGGACAGUUUUAUUCCAAAAACGCUUUUGGCAUUCAAUGUGUUAUUUUGCAAAUAAAAACUCAUCAUGAAUGACAGUAUAGUAUCUUUUGUUAGAAUGCAUUAUAAUAAGUUAUAAAAACUUUUCCUGAACAGCGGUUAAAAUAACAUAUAAUUUCUCUAAUAUUAAAAAAAAAAAAAACUUCCAGUUUUUGUAUUAACAUAUAAAAAAAUGUGUUACUGAUCUAAUUUUAUUGAAAUCCAACUACCCGGAUGGAUUGCUAAUCAUUUUAAAGAUUUAAAAAAACAAACAAAACUAAAAUGUUAAUCGGUUAUUUUAGAUUGCCAUUAUUUUCAGUCGAAAAUCCCUCUCCCCUCCCAUCAAAUGAAUAUGGUAAAAGAAGUGUUGUACUUAUUCUUUUUCUAAUGGCAAUAAUGAUAAUUCAUUAUUAGCCAUUGAAAUUCACACGUUGCCUUAAAAUAAAGAAUGAAUAUUUAUAUUAUAUUUUUCUUAUAUGGUUUUUUAGUAUUGUAGAGGUAUUACAAUAGAUUGUAAUGGAUUAUGAGCAUUUUUGUCAGUUAGUAUAUAUUGUUACUAGGUUAACAUAAACUGUACUAUCAGUAAAGUUUAAGUAAUAUGUGUGUUUAUAGUUUUAAACUCUGUCAAGUUGCUUUUCACAAUUAUAGAAUUAGAAUCUCAUAAUUUGUCGUGUAGUAUACACUGUUUAAAUUAUUGUUUUAAAAUGUAAAAUUUCUGAAAUUAAUAUACUACUUACAAGUUCUAAGCUAGUCAUUAGAGUAAGAUAUAAAAAACAAUAAAUAUUUUUUAUCAAACAGUUCAUAUUUAAAAUAAUAAAAUAGAAGUUUAAACUUCAGUUGCAAUAAAAACACACACACACAUAAUAUAUGUGUAUAUAUAAAUUUUAAAUCUGCCUCUUGUGCCUAUUUAAAAUUGGUAUUUUGAAUAUUUAUUGGUUAUUUGUUUUUCUAAAGUUUUAUUAUAAAUUUUAAGAAUCAAUUUAUAAUGUACAGUUUCAAAUUUUAAUCAUAAUUUAUUUGUUUGUAUUUAUGUAAUAUGUAUUAAAAUUUAUAAUUUUUCUAAUUAUUGUUUUGUUAUUAGUCACGAGUUCUGUGAACUCAUUUUUGUAAAUCAAAAUAGUAUAUAUUUCUAAUAUGUAAUUUAAACUAUAGUUAUAAGGAUUUUAGAUGUUUCAAAUGAUAUUAAUUUCAAAUAAAUCAAUUUGAACAUAUAAUCUGUAGUUUAGGUGCAGGUGAAAAAAUAAUAUCAAAU